AUGGCAGAUCGCACACCGGAGAAUGCCGACGGGGCUGCGAAACCAUCGUCUCUGAUCAAUCGCUUGAAAAAAAGCCUUUCCGCCGGCGGGAAGCCCUUUGCCUACAUUCGUCUCCUCUUUUCUCUCGACUACACCAAAACCGAUGUCCUGCUUAUCAUAUGCGGUGUGGUCUUCUCAAUUGCAGCUGGUCUUCCAUUUCCCCUUCUUGGUAUCGUCUUCGGUGACUUGAUCAAUGACCUGAAUACUGCCACUUGUUCGACUUCGGCACAAGCGGGGGCCGAUGUCUCAGGCAGCGUGCGCCAAAAGGUGCUCUAUGUUAUCUAUAUCACGAUCGCCAAUUUUUGCUUCAUUUACAUCCAUUGCGGAUGCUGGAGUUAUAUCAGUGAGCGAAUUGCGCGACGUUAUCGAAGACGAUACUUUGAAAGUAUUAUCAGGCAAGAGACCGGAUUCAUUGAGGCCAUGCGGGCAGGUGAUGUCGCUUCAAGACUGGUAGGAGAUAUUCAAGUCGUGCAGGCGGGCACCUCUGAAAAGGUUGGACUUGUCAUCAGCACCUUGUCGUACUUUGUCACCGCAUACAUCGUUGCCUUUAUCAAAGUUCCGGAGAUUGCUGGCAUGCUGGUCUCGGUCGUGCCCUGCUACUUCUUCAUGUCGUAUGUUGGGGGGGACUAUAUCAAGAAAUAUGCCAGUCAGAUCGAUGAGCAUGUCGGCGCGGCAACAUCGAUCGCUUCGUCAAGCUUGUCGCACCUGCCCCUGGUCCAUGCUUUUAAUUCCAAUGAUCGCCUGGAAAAGCUGUACGCAAGCUAUCUGUCAGGGUCGCGGAUGCCGGCCUUCAAGAAGGCGGGUACUCAUGCUGCUCAGCUUGGUCUCCUAUACUUCAUUGCCUAUGCCGCAAAUGCGCUGUCAUUCUGGGAGGGCUCACGGUUGAUUGCCGAUGCGGUGGAGAACGGUGGCAAUGGCACUUCUGUCGGUGCGGUGUACACGGUUAUUUUUGUCCUGAUUGACGCUUCCUUCAUUCUCAGUCAAGUCGCGCCUUUUGUACACGUCUUCGCGGCUGCAGCGGGUGCAUCUGAGAAGCUCAUGGCGGUCAUCAAGCGACAGUCUAAGAUCGAUGGAACCAACGACAGUGGAGACCGAUUCGCACCCUUCGACUCUGAAGACAUCGUCUUCCAUGACGUUCACUUCAAGUAUCCUUCUCGGCCUGACGCACCUGUCCUACAAGGGGUCAAUCUGACUAUUCCCCCUCUCAAACAUACCGCAAUCGUUGGCCCAUCGGGUGGAGGAAAGUCCACCGUGGUUGCUCUUCUCGAACGCUUCUUCGACCCUGAUACUGGCGAAAUCACAAUCGGCAGAAAAAACUUCCAAGAUAUUAAUGUACGAUACCUUCGUGGAAACAUUGGCUAUGUUCAGCAGGAACCAUCUCUCCUGAACCGCAGCAUUUUGGAGAACAUUGCAUAUGGACUCAUAACAUCUGGCAAUGAAAGACACCAAAGCAUGGUGCCAUACAUUCUCGAUUCAUCAUUGGAAGAUCUGGUUGAGGAAAUACGCCGAGGCGUAUCCGAAAGCGAAGCGCUCAAGAAAGUCAACCCCGAAGUUGCCCGCAUCGUCACACAGGUUCGACAAGCAGCCGUAAACGCCAAUGCCCUGAAUUUCAUCGACGCACUUCCAUACGGGUUGGCAACUCAGGUCGGCUCAUCUGGAAGUCGGAUGAGUGGUGGCCAAAAGCAGCGUAUUGCACUUGCUCGCGCUUUGGUACGCGAGCCGGCUGUGCUUAUUCUUGAUGAGGCAACUGCAGCUCUCGAUUCCACCAGCGAGAAGUUGAUCCAAGAUGCUCUCGCAAAGUUAGCCGGACAAAUCACCAUGGUCUCUAUUGCGCAUCGUCUGGCGACGGCCAAAGAUGCCCACAAGAUUGUGUUCAUGAAAAAGGGCACAGUGAUUGAAGAGGGCACCCAUUCCGAACUUAUCAAUCGGGGUGGUCCUUAUUCUGAGAUGGUCCGCCUCCAAAAUCUCUCAAAGUUGAGCUCAUCAGUGAUACCUCCAGACGAGAGGAUCCUCGAAGCUCAUGAAUGCCUACCCGAUGGUCGAGAGAGUCUGACUGAAGUUGACGAAAAACUGAUGAGCGUAAAUGUUGUUGGCAAAAUUACGGACAGCAGCUCACCUUCGUCUGCAUCGACCGCGAGCGAAGACUCACCCAAGAGGAAGUGGAAGAUUUUCUCUACCCAUCGGGGAAAAGACUCGGGCGAAAAAGUCCGAUCCAAAUGGCUCACGACACGGCUCACCAUGCGCUUGCUGCGCCCCAAUUUGGGCUAUGUGGUGCUUGGUCUGGCGAUGUCUGUGGUGAUCGGUGGCAGCUAUACUGCAGAAGCGGUCAUAUUUGGACAUACGAUCGGCACUUUAAACCCCUGUGUCGGUGCUGAUGGCAUCAGACAUGGCGGUCACCUUUACGGCUUGCUCUUCUUCAUCAUGGCACUAGUGGAGUUCUCCGCCAACAUUGUUGGAGGCUGUGCGUUUGGAUGGGCAGCAGACAAGAUCUUGUAUCGCAUUCGUGUUCUGUCAUUGAGGUCUCUCUUGAAUCAGACCGUCCAGUGGCAUGGCAUGGAAGACAGGACCCCUGCAACCCUCAUCACCUACAUUACUGGCGAUGCUACUGCGUUGAGCAGUAUCACAGGUACAACGAUUGGUCUCCUUCUAGCCACAGCUGUGAACUUGAUUGCUGGACUAGUCGUUUCUUUUGCUAUAGCCUGGAAGAUUGCUAUUGUCCUGCUUCCCACUAUUCCCGUCUUACUGAUUUCUGGGAUGAUGAAGCUUCGAACCCAAGCACAGUUCGCGGAACGCCAUGAAAAAGCCUUUACUCAGGCCACUGCUUUGACCGUGGAAGCAGUUGAUAGCAUUCGUACGGUCUCUGCAUUCUCGCUCGAGAAACAGUGCUGCACACUUUAUGAACGAGCCCUAGAGGCACCUUACAAGGAGACAUUGUGGUCCAUCGCCUUCGGGAACUUUUUCCUCGCCUUGGCAUUCAGCAUCAGCAAUCUGGUCUACGCAUUGGCGUACUGGUGGGGUACGAAACAAAUUGUGGAAGGUCUCUACUCGCAGACACAAUUCUUUAUCGUGCUCCCAGCGCUUCUCUUUAGCUCCCAGUCUUGCGGCCAGAUGUUUGCCCUGGCACCCGAUAUUUCCAAAGCAGGCCUGGCCGCGUCGAACAUUGCCGAACUAUUGACAACACAUUCCGCUGAUGACGAAUUGAACUCGGGUGGCUUGGACAAUGCAAAGCACGACCGCAGUCAGCUUCGUGAGAAGAACCUGGAUAUCGAAGAGGGCCAGUCUGGACCGGUUGAUAUGAUGACCCCGGGAGUACCUCCACCCAUGAGUGGAAUUGGAGCGGAGCUGCAAAAUGUGCAUUUCGAAUACCCUUCACGCCCUGGACGGCCAGUCCUGCGUGGUCUCAGCCUGAACAUUCAACCGGGCAAGUUCUACGCGCUAGUCGGCCCGAGUGGCUCUGGCAAGUCCACCACUUUCGCCAUGUUGGAGCGAUUCUAUCGGCCCGAAUCUGGAUCGGUCAUCAUUGAUGGUGUCAACAUCACCCGGCAAAUAGGCACGCAGUUCCGGGAUGAAAUUGCCCUUGUGCCCCAAGAGAACGUGCUCUUUGAGGGAACGGUCGCGUUCAACAUAGGCCUUGGUGCAAGGCCAGGGCAUCAACCUACACAGCAAGAAAUUGAGGAGGCCUGCCGCAUGGCCAACAUACACGAAGUCAUCGAGGCCCUUCCAGACGGGUAUGAGACAUAUUGUACUCAUGAAGGCAAGCAGUUCUCAGGUGGUCAAAGACAGCGUCUGUCGAUUGCACGGGCCUUGAUCCGGCGACCACGGAUGCUGCUGCUGGAUGAAUCGACUAGUGCACUCGAUGUCGAGUCGGAGAAAAAGAUCCAGGAUGCUCUCAACACACUGGCUGGUCGCACGACGAUCAUCGCCAUCGCUCAUCGUCUCAACACUAUUCACCGAGCGGAUUGCAUUUUCCUCAUUGAGGAAGGUCGGUGUGUCGCUCACGGCACACACGACGAACUGGUUCAACGGAACGAGACGUAUCGGACGAGCGUCUUGCAUCAGUCCCUUGAAACAUGA